AGUCAGAGUAGUCAGUCAAGGGUUCCUUUCUCUCCCCGCAUUCUCAGCUCAGCUCCCCUCCCCCACAAGUCCACACCACACCAUUGUCUCCUCCUCAGACUCCACUGUUUCUCUAUUUUUUCCAUUUCGCGACGCUUAUCUUGUCAAUGCCAAUCUCUCUCUCUCUCUCUAUCUGCUACUCUUGUCUCUUAUUUCCUGUUGCCAAUUAGGUGGGGCUGCUCAACGUCCUUGUGUCAGGAUUCUCAUGCCACACAGUCGUUCACUCACACAACCCUGACAAAAAGGCCUAGAAGCAAAGGAUAAAUCCCCACCCACAUCUCCCCACAAAUUACAAGGAUCCAUGAUCAUCAUCUAAUUUCUCCUUCUCUCUCCCUCUCCCUCCAUACUCUCCUUUUCCCAGGUUGGUUUUCGCAAAUGAAGACAAUCUUGGCCAAGACACCUCAUGACUCUUCCUUCUCUUUCUCCAGGAGAUAUUUCCACUGGAAAAAAAAGAUUGAAGACGAUGAUGACGACAACGAUGAAGAAGUCUUAACCUUUAGUUCCUCCUCACAUGCCUGUGAUGAUGAGGAUAAGGAGAAGGAAGCGGACUUUAUUAGCACCUCGCUGUCGUUGGCAGCUCCCAGGAAGAAAGCUGCUCUUUCUUCUAAGCUCCGCUCGGCUCUCGCUCUUACCCUUUUCGGUAAGAGGCGUUCACACCUAUCCUCUGGUCUUGGCACCCGAGUUAUAGGCACCCUCUUUGGCUAUCGUCGUGGGCAUGUUCACUUCGCGUUUCAGGAGGAUCCCAAGUCGCAUCCUGCCUUCCUGAUGGAACUCGCGACCUCAACAAGCGUUUUGGUUCGAGAAAUGGCGUCUGGGUUGGUCAGAAUUGCGCUGGAGUGUGAUAAGAAGGUCGAGAUGAAGAAAGGCACAAGAUUGCUGGAGGAGCCUCUCUGGAGGACGUACUGCAACGGCAAGAAAUGUGGGUAUGCCAUGAAGAGAGAAUGUGGAGCGGAGGAGUGGAAGGUGUUGAAGGCGGUAGAGCCAAUUUCAAUGGGCGCUGGGGUGUUGCCAGGGAAUGGAGAAACUGGGUCCGAGGGAGAGCUCAUGUACAUGAGAGCCAAGUUUGAGAGGGUUGUGGGGUCUAAGGACUCUGAGGCCUUCUACAUGAUGAACCCUGAUAGCACCGGUGGUCCUGAACUUAGUAUUUAUCUACUUAGAGUUUAAGUUUGAAUUUUCAUCCACUUUCUUCUUCAUUUAAGCUUUGGAAUUUCAUUUUCAGAGGUUUGGAGGUUUGGUCCUCUCUAUCUGUUUUGCCAUUUUCUCUUCUUGCAUUCAGUGUAACACUAAGUACGGUGCUUUAUUUAGCUUGUUCUAAGUAGUGGGGUGGGAGAAAAUAGCAUUAGGGAAAUGGUGGCAAAGAGCCUUUAUAGAAUGGUGGGUGGUGGGGUGCAUCUAUAACCAUGUAUAUUACUCUUUCUCUGCAAGUGGAAAACCAGCCCUUGCUAAUCAAAACACCUUGUCUUUCAUUUUGAAA